AUGAACAUGACCACAGAAACCACCACAUCAGCCAUCACGAGCGCCAGUACCACUGCCACCAUGGCCUCUACCAACUGCAAGAUCUCAAUGCUCUGGAACUGGAACACCAUGGACGCUUGCUUCAUCUCCUCAUCCUGGCACAUCACCUCCCCAAGCAUGUUCGCGGGCUCCUGCAUCGGAGUCAUCCUCCUCGUCAUAUGUCUAGAACUUCUCCGUCGGGUUGCCAGCGAAUACGACGCGUUCAUCAUCAACCGCGCCAGACUUAAAGCUGAUACUAAUACUGGGAACGAUCAACCCAACAUCGCAGUUCCUCAUGACCGCUCCACAGACAGACCCGCCAAAAGACCCAUCCCAUGGACGCAGUCAGGCUCACUUUCAGCCCUACCUCCUAUUCCGGAGUUAGUAGAGGAGGAGGAGAAGGAUGAAGAUAAUGAACCAAUGCCUAAUGCGCCAGAAACUACAUCACAUCCUAGUAUACACCCCGAGAACCAGUCAAAAUUCAUAUUCAGACCCAGCAAGAUCGAGCAACUCAUCCGAGCCACCCUGCAUGUAUUGCAAUUUGCUGUGGCGUACUUUGUGAUGCUGCUGGGGAUGUACUACAACGGGUAUAUUAUUCUUUGUAUCUUUGUUGGGGCGUUUGUGGGGUUUUUGCUCUUUUCGUGGGGGAGACUUGGUACUAGGGAGUGAGUGAUUUACCUUGUUACUGGUUUAUGCUUAUGCUGUCUGCUGGUAUUGGUAGCUGACGAUGAGUAAGUACUAUGUAUGUUCAGGAUCAGGAACGACGCCACAUCCGUGACUAGAUGCUGCGGCUAGGUGAGGUGGGUGGGUGUUGGAGCUUAGUUUGACAUGAUGCUUUCUAGUUUGAUUGAGAUAUUGUGGUGAGGAUCUUGGAGAGGAGUGUGGUUUUUAGCAUGCCUUGGGAGAGUCGAUGGUAGGGUUAGGGAAUGGUGUACGAGUACUAUCAAGCGAUAAGCACCGGUGGUAGAUUAAAUCCAUGUUCG